GUCAGCCCCGCACUUGGGUCCCCUGCCCUCACCUGCUGUCUGUGGGGCGGCUGCCUCCUUCUCAUCUGGCCAUGCAGUGGCUGUGGCCGCUGGCUGUCUCCCUUGCUGUGGUGUCAGCUGCAGGGCUGAGUGGAGUCUCUGGGGGAGCCCCCCUGCCCUUGGGCAGGCACAGAGCCGAGGCCUGGGAGCAGCAGAGUCGGUCCAAGAGAGGCAGCGAGGACGAGGAGGCCAAGGGGGUGCAGCAGUAUGCGCCCGAGGAGUGGGCUGAGUACCCCCGGCCCAUCCACCCUGCUGGCCUGCAACCCACCAAGCCCUUGGUGGCCACCAGCCCCACCCCAGACAAGGACGGGGGCAUCCCGCGCAGCAGGCAGGAGCCUCGGGGCAAUCUGACCGGGCCGCCGGGCCAGAGGCUGCAGAUUCAGAACCCCCUGUACCCGGUGACUGAGAGCUCCUACAGCGCCUACUCCAUCAUGCUCCUGGCCCUGGUGGUCUUUGCCGUGGGCAUCGUGGGCAACCUGUCCGUCAUGUGCAUUGUGUGGCAUAGCUACUACCUGAAGAGCGCCUGGAACUCCAUCCUUGCGAGCCUGGCCCUCUGGGAUUUCCUGGUCCUCUUCUUCUGCCUCCCUGUUGUCAUCUUCAACGAGAUCACCAAGCAGAGGUUGCUAGGUGACAUUUCUUGCCGGGCCGUGCCCUUCAUGGAGGUCUCCUCUCUGGGCGUCACCACCUUCAGCCUCUGUGCCCUGGGCAUCGACCGCUUCCACGUGGCCACCAGCACCCUGCCCAAGGUGAGGCCCAUCGAGCGGUGCCAGUCCAUCCUGGCCAAGCUGGCUGUCAUCUGGGUGGGCUCCAUGACGCUGGCCAUGCCCGAGCUCCUGCUGUGGCAGCUGGCACAGGAGCCCGCCCCCACCACGGGCAGUGUGGACACCUGCAUCAUGAAACCCUCCGCCAGCCUGCCCGAGUCCCUCUACUCGCUGGUCAUGACCUACCAGAACGCCCGCAUGUGGUGGUACUUCGGCUGCUACUUCUGCCUGCCCAUCCUCUUCACGGUCACCUGCCAGCUAGUGACGUGGCGGGUGCGGGGCCCCCCGGGGAGGAAGCCAGAGUGCCGGGCAGACAAGCACGAGCAGUGCGAGAGCCAGCUCAACAGCACCGUGGUGGGCCUGACCGUGGUCUAUGCCCUGUGCACCCUCCCGGAGAACGUCUGCAACAUCGUGGUGGCCUACCUCUCCACAGAGCUGACCCGCCAGACCCUGGACCUCCUGGGCCUCAUCAACCAGUUCUCCACCUUCUUCAAGGGGGCCAUCACCCCCGUGCUCCUCCUGUGCAUCUGCCGGCCGCUGGGCCAGGCCUUCCUGGACUGCUGCUGCUGCUGCUGCUGCGAUGAGUGUGGCGGGGCCUCCGGGGCCUCGGCCGCUGACGGCUCGGACAGCAAGCUCAAGACCGAGAUGUCCUCCUCCAUCUACUUUCACAAGCCCAGGGAGUCGCCCCCACUCCUGCCCCUGGGCACACCUUGCUGAG